AUGGCAGCAGAGGCGCCAUGCUACACAGUUGUAUUUGAAGAUACUACAGAGAGCCCAUCCACACAGGAGCUUAGGGCGUCUCUUGAGAAAGGAACUGAUGAAGACAGACUGGACACGUUACGCAGGAUUAUUGUGUCGACGAUUAAUGGGAACCCUCAGCCCACGCUCUUGAUGCCAAUCAUACAAUAUAUUAUGCCCUCCAGAAAUAAGCAACUCAAAAAGCUGCUUCACUUCUACUGGGAGGUGUGUCCCAAGUAUGACGAGAACGGGAAGCUUAAGCAGGAGAUGAUUCUCGUUGUCAAUGCCAUCCGAAACGACUUGCAACACCCUAACGAAUAUAUCCGUGGCGCUACCCUACGUUUCCUUCAAAAGAUAUCCAAAGAUGCUGAACUCCUUGAACCCCUCAUCCCCAUCUGCCGCAGCUGUCUCGAGCACCGUCAUUCCUACGUCCGCAAGAACGCCGUAUUUGCCGUGUACACUAUCUACCGCGAAUACGAACACCUCAUCCCAGAUGCGCCCGAGCUCAUGCAGACUUUCAUCGCCGCGGAGUCUGACGCGACGUGCAAGCGCAACGCAUUCGUGUUCCUUGCGCAUUGCGCGAUGCCUAAAGCUGUGGAGUGGUUGAUUAGCGUGUAUGAUCAGCUGACGAGUCUGGACGAGCUCUUGCAAAUGAGCAUCAUAGAAGUCAUCAGGUUGGAUUGUAAGAACGACACAACGCAUCGACCGCGAUAUAUCAGAUGCAUGUUUGAAUUGUUGAAUUCAUCAUCACAUGCAGUAAAGUAUGAAGCUGCUACAACGCUCACCACACUCACGCAGAAUCCUGCUGCUGUGAAAGCGGCUGCCUCAUGCUUUGUUAAUCUGGUCAUUAAAGAAUCCGACAACAACGUUAAGCUGAUCGUCCUGGAUCGCCUGGAUACCCUACGCUCCAAGCAUGGUCACAUUCUGGAUGGACUGACAAUGGACAUCUUGCAGGUCUUGUCGAGCGCCGAUAUGGAGGUCCGAAGGAAAGCUAUGAGUAUCGUACUCAGCAUGACCUCGAAUCGGAACGUCGAGGAAGUUGUUCUCUUCCUCAAGAAGCAGCUACAGCAGACACAGGAGCGCGAGUUCGAGAAGGCCCCGGAGUACAGACAACUUCUAAUCCAAUCGAUCCACGUGUUAGCAGUCAAGUUUUCUGAGGUGGCUGCAAGUGUCGUUCAUGCACUCAUGGAAUUCCUUGGGGAUUCGAAUAACCCUUCUGCGCUGGACGUCGUGGCCUUCGUUCGCGAAGUAGUGGAGAAGUUCCCGCACCUCCGGCAGUCUAUAUGUGAGAAGCUCACUCAAACUCUGACAGAGAUAAAAUCCGGUAAAGCCUUCCGCGGCGUCCUCUGGAUCCUGGGAGAGUACGUCGAAGGUUUGUCAGACAUCCAGGCCACAUUCCAGGACAUCCGCAAAGUGCUUGGCGAGAUCCCUAUUCUUGCGAGCGAGCAGCGGUUACUGGACGAGGCUGGCGGAGAGGAGGACAGGAAGGAGGAUAAGAAGGUCGAGGGAAGCGGGCGGCCAAAGGUGCUUGCUGAUGGGACAUAUGCGACGGAGACGGCGUACACCAGCACUACCUCAGCGAGAUUAGAGGCUGUUAAGACUGCGUCCAAGCCGCCAUUGAGAGCCCUCAUAUUGGGAGGCGACUUUUUCACGGGUUCGGUACUCGCCUCGGCGUUGACGAAGCUCGCCAAUGCUCUUCGUGCCGAGUCCAUGUUGAUCAUGACGUCUAUUAUCCGCGUCGGCCAGUCGAAGUUUGUCACAGUACCGAUCGACGAGGAUUCCAACGAGCGCAUUCUUAAUUGCAUACAAACCCUAAGCGAGCUUCAGGAAAAGUCCAUUGUCCACGAUAUCUUCUUGAAGGACACGAAAGCGGCAUACUCCAAGAUGCUCGUCGCUCAAGAACGGAAAAGAAAGAUCGAUGACUUGCUUACUUUCAGGCAGUUCUCGAAAAAAUCGGCGGAUGAUCCAAUCGAUUACGUGGAGGACUUAGGCAAGGCAACAGGGACUGCUGAAGUCCGGGAAGACUUCAUAUCCAACCUCAGUCGCAUAUCCCAGCUUACAGGGUUUUCGGAUCCUAUAUAUGCGGAAGCAUACGUCAAGAUGCAUGGAUUCGAUAUCAUGCUUGAUGUGCUCCUGGUCAACCAGACGUCUAAUACACUGCAGAAUCUUUGUCUUGACUUUGCAACGCUUGGUGACCUCAAACUGGUCGAACGACCUGCUGUAUAUACCAUAGCGCCACACGGUUUCCAGAGUAUCAAGGCUACAAUCAAGGUUUCGUCAACAGAGACUGGCGUCAUAUUUGGCAGCAUCCUAUGGGACGGUCCUGCCCUCGCUGAAUGCUGUGUUAUCUUGAACGACAUUCACAUCGACAUCAUGGACUACAUUAAACCUGCGUACUGUAGCGAGACACAGUUCCGAAGUAUGUGGACAGAGUUUGAGUGGGAGAACAGGGUUAACGUGUCGACGAACAUGACCGACCCUCGCGACUACCUGAAGCACGUCAUGAAGUCUACGAACAUGUCUUGUCUCACGCCAGAAGGAGCCAUGUCGGGCGAUUGUGAUUUCCUAUCUGCCAACAUGUAUGCUCGAAGUUUGUUCGGCGAGGAUGCUUUAGCCAAUCUUAGCAUCGAGAAGACGGAGGCUGGGAUUGUAGGCCACGUUCGUAUUCGGAGCAAAACGCAGGGCAUUGCUUUAUCGCUGGGUGAUCGUAUCACAAUGUCUCAAAAGGAUAGCAAGCCAUUGAUAUAGAACGCAUAGACAUCGAUCGGGUUGCUGAACUGUACACAUAGUCUUCGUGCAUCAUGUUGUACUUGGGGAGGAGACACGUGAAUGUUUGAUGCAACGCUAAUACGCAGUGAUCGAUCUUUACAUCAAUGGGUACUCAAGCCUGCAAGUACGGUUCCCUACAUCGCCAAACCCCUCAGUAAC